AUGGUUACAAAGAACAAAAAUCCUAAGAGCAAACGCUCUACCAAGAAAUCUAAAAAGGCUUCUGUUAUUGAGAAACUAGUUAAAGAUGUUGCUACGCCAGAGUCCACCUCUGAAAACCUUCCAACCAAUGAAACAUUAUAUAUCCGUAACAUCCCUGAGAAACUAUUACCGUCGCAAGUUAGAAUUAAUUUAUACCUUCUAUUAAGUACUUUUGGAGAGAUAAUAUAUAUCAAAGUUGGUAAGCCAAGAAGUUCCUUGCGAGGCCAGGCAUUUGUCACGUUCCGUACCAUUGAUGAGGCACAUGUGGCCAAAACUGCUCUUGAUCAAGAGCUAUUUUUUGGACAAUCAUUACAUCUGGAAUUUAGCCGCCAACCUUCAAGGAUUCCAGAUGCUAGCAGUUAA